CCAUUCGGUUUCCACUGCCGCUCUCACUCUGCCACUGCCACUCUGCCUGCUCACUGUUGGCGGCAUCGGUAGAGAAAAGAAUAACGUUAAUAUGGUUUCUGAUUCUAUUAUUCUGUUAAUGAAUUAAACUAUCUUUAUAUAGAGUACUCGGUGUUGUAUGUGAUAAUGGAUCAAAGAAAGGAUGAAAACGUUAGUGAAAUCGAAAUGCCCAUAAGAAAACCAUGGUACAAAUACGUGACAGUGGAACCGACCAUGUUCUUAUACAUGAUGGCCUACAUGAUCACCAAUGUUGUCGAACAAACAUUCUACGUGUUCCGCGCGUGCAACGUCGAUCAUGGAUACAGUGAAGAGAUCUGCUACAACAUAACAAGUUACAAAGAAAUCAACGAAGAAGUACAGGUGACAGUGUCCACCUUUCACCAAUGGAACGGCGUGGCCUGGCACAUAGUGCCGUUCGUCCUCGCGUUAUUCCUUGGCUCCUAUAGUGAUAAGAGAGGAAGAAAGUGCAUCCUGCUGGCCGGGAUGCUCGGGAAACUCUAUUUUUCCAUAAUGGCUACUGUUAAUACUAUGAAUGCAUGGCCGUUAAAUUAUGUGAUAUAUACGGCUACUUUUCCUAGUGCCUUAACCGGUUCAGACUUGGCAAUAUUCGCGGGUGUCUUCGCGUACAUAGCCGACGUCACUAACCCCGAUAAUAGAACCCUAAGAGUUGGGAUUUUAGAUGCUGUUUACUUAAGCACUAUGCCUUUGGGUGUUUUUAUUGGUAACAUUUUAUACGUGCACGUUGUGAACAGAUCGUUCACAAUAAUGUUCGUAAUCAACAGUAUCCUCAUGGUACUGGCGACUCUUCACUGUCUGUUGUUUCUCAAAUGGCAGACCAGGCCCGAGCAGUCGUCCCUGCGGGACGCCGGCGUCACCAAUCCGGUGGGUGACUUCUUUGACCUCAAAAAUGUGAAGCAAACGAUGCUCACUCUGUUUAAAAAAAGGAGUAACCACCGCACAGUAUUUUUGUGGUUCUUACUUAUAUCGAUGGCGCUGUAUACGUUUCAAAGAGACGAGAGGCCGUUUAUGUACCUGUACGUCCAGAACGUGUUCAAAUGGGACACAACUGCCUACAGCAACUUCAGAACAUAUACCAGCACAGCGUACGUGCUGCUCAUGUUCAUAGGGAUCCCACUGAUGACUAAAUUGUUCCACUGGAGAGAUACGGUGAUAGUGAUGCUAGGAGCCACGUCACACAUGGCCGGGCACUUCUUGUACGCGCAAGCGACCGCUCCUAAAACCCUAUACAUUGGUGGAGCAGUGGCUGCUCUAGGGCCCUGUGUCGCGCCGCUCGUCCGCUCUAUGACAUCCAAGGUUCUGCCGUCUUCUGAAAGAGGUGUGGCAUACACAUUUUUGUCGGUUAUGGAGAACGCCGUCGCGAUGUUCGCCUCUAUUAUAUACUCGCAAGUGUACAAUGCCACGCUCGGCACCAGUUUCCUGAAUGCCAUCUUUUAUCUUACCAUCGGGACGCAAGCCGUUGUAUUUUUCUUGUCACUCUGUAUGGAGCUAACUUUAAGGGGCCGGCGGCUUGAAUCACUAUUACCGGAGGACGAAGAAGAGAUAUCAGCGCGGACUCCUUAGGCCACUAUCAACAGUAUCAACUGUCCUAUUAGAGGUGCGGAAUUUAAUAAGCAUUCGGACAACAAUCUUUUUCAUUGACGCUGCUACCCGAACAUACGAAACUUGUUCACAAAGACUGGUCUGGAACACACAAUACCAGAAAAUAUUUGGCGCUGUGUCCGCGCUAUCUAGGGAGGGUAUGAUUAGGACGCCACGCACGAAUCCUUGUCUAUACAUACAAUAUUUUUUUAUACUAUUUGCCUUGUUCGAUUCUCUCGUCCAGAUUGUUCGUUUCGAAUGGUACACAUUUUGGCAUAUAGGCAUUUAUUUAGGCAUUUUAGGUUGCUUACACUAAUGUGUUAACAAACUGUAUGUAAUAAACUCGAAUUAUAUUUUUAUUAAGGCAUUGGGUGUCAUCUACGCUACGUACAGACGCAGUAAAUGUUGAAGGACCUCCUAGCCUCCUUGGUAGUCACCCUGCCGACAAAGCGAGAAGUGCCAGGUUCGAAUCCUGGUAAGAGCAUUUAUUUGUGUCUGUUCCUAAGUUAUAAAUGUUUUCUAUCCUUAUGUUUUCAAUUUGAAAUUGACCGUUUUUUCUUGGUUUUUAUAGAACGGUUCCAUGUAUGACUAUUUUAGCGUAUUUAGAUUAAGUUAAAUAUAUUGUUAAUGUGAUGAACCCUCCUCUAAAACUUAUCCUUCGGAUUAGGUAAAUUGUAAAAAAAAAUGAACGUAGUAUUAAUAAUGGAUUGUUCCACAUAUUGCCCAAGCGACGUAGUACCAUCAUUUAUUAUGAUUAAUUUUAAGGAUAGACACUAUGUUUAAUUAAAUACGAUGAAUUAUCGAAGUUAUAUGAAUGACUAGUUUUGUAGACAUUCAGAACAAUUACACAAUUUAUUGUUAUACAAGGUGGUAUAUUCCCUAUUGUGAUUUAUGGUAUUAUUAAACUCCACUGUUACAA